GGUAAUUAAAUCAUCAUUCAUAUAUAAUCAUAAAGAAGCAAUGUUCAUUCAUUCAUUCAUAUAUUUGUCCACUCUAUAUCAUGAUGUAACGUUUUGCCGCGUGUUAUCUUCUUCAACCAUAUACUCAUGAAUUAAUUCUAGUGCUAUUAAUUCCACACUUCAUGGAUGCCUAUAAAUAUGCAACUCACCAUUUCAUCAAAACCAAUAUAUAUCACUGCUUCAAACCAUAUAUCUCAGCUUCAACCAUAUAUAUCACUUUCAAAAAAAAUUAAGCAAUAUCCAAAUUAACCAUAAGGUUUCCAUAAUCUUCAUUUGAUCAAAGUCAAAGCACUCUUACAGUUGGAAAAGUUCCAAAUUAUGCAGAUUUUCAAGAGCCUCAUCUCAAAAAUGGAUCAUGAACCUCCUUUUUUCAAGACAUACAAGAAACUCUUGAAAAAAAACCUUGGAGAAAGUUCAGAAAAUGAUGAAGACUUGUACUCAAUGGUGGAAAGAAGUAAGGAAUUACCUUUGAUUGAUCUUGAGAAGUUAAAUCAUGAAGAUAAGAGAGAAGAAUGCAUGAAAGAGAUAAGUGAAGCAGCUAGUGAAUGGGGUUUCUUUCAAGUUAUUAAUCAUGGAAUUCCAAAUGAGAUUCUAGAGAACAUGAUAUCUGAGCAAAAGAAAUUGUUCUAUCAGCCUUUUGAGGAUAAAUUAUGUGCAGAAGCUGUUUUUAAUUUGUCUGAGAAAACAUAUAGAUGGGGGAAUCCAUGUGCAAAUAAUCUAAGACAGCUUUCUUGGUCAGAAGCUUUUCAUUUUACUUUGGCAGACAUACCAAAUAUGGACCAACACAUAACUCUAAGAUCAUGCCUUGAAAGUUUUGCAACAAGAAUGGCCACUCUUGCUGAAAAUUUGGCGGAGAUUCUUGCCCUCAAAUUGAAUAUGAAAUCAAACCAUUUUCAAGAGAAUUAUUUGCCACCAAGUUCUUUCCUUCGACUCAAUAGAUAUCCUCCAUGUCCUAUAUCUUCAAAGGUGUAUGGUCUUUUGCCUCAUAGUGACACAAGUUUCCUUACCAUACUUAAUCAAGAUAGUGUUGGGGGCAUGCAAUUGAUGAAAGAUGGAAAAUGGGUUGAUGUCAAGCCUAAUCCUAGAGCUCUUGUUAUUAAUAUUGGUGAUUUAUUUCAGGCAUUGAGCAAUGAUGUUUACAAAAGCAUAAAACACAGAGUAGCUGCUUCUGAAGAGGUAGAGAGGUUUUCUACCACAUUUUUCUAUUGCCCCAACAAUGGUGCAGUUAUACAAAGUGAAAACAAGCCAGCUGUAUAUAAGAAAUUCACUUUGAGGGAAUAUAGAAAACAGACUCAGAAAGAUGUCAAGAACACAGGUGACAAAGUUGGUCUCCCUAGAUUUGUUCUUUAGAAGUGUAUGUGGGAGGAUUUAGAUUGAUGAUAAUAAAUUUAAGUCAUCAAUUUGUAGUAUUGUUUUAAGAAAUGGAAAAUAAUUUGGAAUUGGAUCAUCUUCAGCUACUGGAGGGUCCUGCGCAAAUCUCAGUUAUUGAUUUUAAUUUACUAUAAUGGUCAACGAUACAUAUAAUUCAGAUUAGUGCAUCCAGUAAGUGUUUCUUCAUGAAGAGAAUGGUAGGAGAGAAUCUAAAUCUAAACAAUAGAAAUAAACUCUCUUCAGCUACAA